AAAAAAAAGCAAAAAGAACAGCAGAGCACACUCUCCCUCUCUCGCUAUCUUUGUCUCUCCCAUCGCAUCUCCUCUCUCGAUUGCGACGCGCUUCUUUCGUGAGAAAUGAUUCUAUUCUAUUCACGUGGAUCCCAUGUUGGACUACAGAGGGUCAAGGGAAUAUUUUACGUAAACACGAUAAAUGGUUUGCCGUGUUCUUCUGAACUUUGUCUAGACUCGAUGAAUAUGUUAGAAGUUCAGCGUGAGAAUUGCAAAAAUCCAGCUGCAAGGUAUUCUGUGGAAAACAUUUGGACAAAUCCAAGUGCAAGCUUGAACCACUUGACGAAUAAGUUUGCAAGGAUUCAAGGAGGAUCAUUUGUACCAGCUUCUGGAGAUGAUAUUAUGGAGGUUGAACAGUUACUUGCAGAGCCCCAAAUUCAGAAAGAUCUAAUUGAUGACAUUUCGAAGAUGAGUUCUGAGGGUUUUGAAAAUUGUUUGGUUGUUGGCGAGUUUGCAUGCUAUGCUGGAUACUCAGACCAGAAAACAGAUUUGGGCAUUCUAGAUCUUGACACCGAGCAAGCAGGAAAUGCGGGUUCGAAGUAUGAAUUUGUUGACAGCAUACUGCAUGAAGUUGAUGGAGGAAAUCUUAACAUGCCAUACAAUAUUCCAUGUGUCUGUCCUAAUUAUAUUUUAGAUACAGGCCUUGCUGAGAGUUCUCAAAUGGAUUUUAGUUCAGACAGUGGCACCCACCCAAGAAACUUGAAUUCGGAAUGUAAAACCGAAGGCUUAGAGAGGAAUAUGAGUAAUAUUGACACGUCAGAUUGUUCACAUGCUAUUAUUCCCUUUCCUGCGGCUAAAUGUGAUCAAGAUACAACAUUCCUCGAGAAUAUGAGCAUUGAUGAGCUUCACGAUGCCUUUCGCGGUAUGUUUGGGCGGGAUACACAUGUAAAGGACAAGCACUGGCUUAAACGUCGUAUACUGUUUGGCUUGGAGAACCUUGCUGAAAUUGACCAUGUUUCUUCGAGCCUCUUGGAAUUCGACCCAUGUUCAAAUGAGCAACAAGAUGAAUUAAUCUGGAUGCCCAGAAGCAGUCUACCUGAAGGACUAUGUAUUCCUUUUACAAAAAUAUCUGACAGUAGCCCAUUAGUUGAUGGAAUUCCAGAGAACGAUGAAUAUGCUGGCCAAGUAGCUCAUGCGAAACAUCUUACCGAGGUCAUGAAAAUUGAAUCUGGGUUCUCAAGCACUGGAGAAAAGGAAAGUGCACAAAUACCUGCAAAGAGAUUGCGCAAACCUACUCGGAGAUAUAUCGAGGAAACAUAUGAACUGAAAACGAGAUGCUGCAGUGGAAAGUUAAAGGCUGCCAUAAGUUCUUCCAGAGGUGUUCUGAUUCCUGUACCAGAUGGUGUACAUGUUCGAAGAGGCCGUCCUAGAAAAAGCAACAAUGUGAUGGGGGAUAUAAACAUAGGCAACAAGCAACAGACGCAACUGUCAAUGGCAUCAAUAGCACCCAGAGCAGUUAGUACUUCACAGCUAUCUGAUUCUGAAUCACAAAAUGAUGUAUCUGAUGAUUGUGGUUCAAAUACAAGACGUGAUAAAGGCGGAGCCAGAAGGAAACAUCACAGGCAAUGGACCCUUUCAGAAGUGAUAAAACUUGUAGAUGGUGUUUCUCAAUAUGGAGUUGGGAGAUGGACUGAGAUUAAAAGACUAUUGUUUUCGGCAUCAACUUAUCGCACAUCGGUGGAUCUUAAGGAUAAAUGGAGAAAUCUCUUGAGAGCUAGUGGUGCUCAGUUGCAUUACAGGAAGAAGGUUGAGCCACAGAAGAGUAUGUCAGUACCCAUACCGCACUCUGUUCUGCGGCGAAUCAGAGAGCUAUCUGUGAUUCAUCCAUACCCAAGAGAUCGAACAUUGAGACGAGCAGAAGGUGGACCUGCUGCAAUCUCUACAAGCAGCACUGGCAGCAGGUCCAUAAAACACAAUGAACAUGGUGUACAGAGGCUAAGCCAUACGUAGGUCCAGAGACGACAUAUAGUUUAUAUUCUAGGUUUUCUAACCGACAUAGAAGUUUCCUCUCACCUUGACAUCAUGUACAUAUGCGUAACUCUCAAGUGUACAACCAACCAAACAGAGGCUUGGUUUCUUUGUCUAACAAGUCACAAGUGUACUGAAUUGAGCAAGAUCGUACCAUUUUACUUUCCGUUGAGCCUCAAGCUACAGGGGCUUUACCUACUUAACAAACAAGUUUAGAAGAUAGGUCAAAUAUUACUCAAGUUGAAAGGAAGUUUAUGAGAUCUAAUACUGUAGCAACAGAGAAUUCUUAGUUACGAAGUAGAUGAUAUGUUAUACUUGUGGACUGUUGCAUUUGUUACGAGCAAUUAUGACGUGUUACACAAUCUAAUGACUAAAAUUUUUGUUGGUGGUGGUGCAUAUCAUCAGAUUUGUUUGUGGAAUGGAAAGUGGAAUGUCAGACUUUAUUAUGGGAGAUAGAACAUGUUUUAGUGAUUUCAAGCGAAAAGUAUUGCAGAAGAUAUUAUUAUGUACAAGCUACUGUGAUAUCAGUGUAUUUGUUUUGUGAUA